AUGUCGUCAUUUCCGCAAGCGGCAGCACGGCGCAAUGGCUCCGCGCGGUUUAUGAAGAAAUUAAAGUGUAUAUUUGUGUUUAGAUAGAUAAUAGAGGUAUUAAUUGAAGAAAUAUUAUAUUUAUUGCAUUAUCACGAUGGGAAAACCUGAGUUCAACAACCGCGGAGGCGGCGGUAGAGGCGGCGGCGGCGGGCGCGGUGGCGGUGGCUUCCGCGGCGGUCGCGGUGGCGGCGGCGGCCGCGGCGGCUUCGGCGGCGGUCGUGGAGGCGGCGGCGGUUUUGAGAAGAGAGGAGGAGGCGGACGCGGGUUUGGAGGCAGAGGCGGUGGCAGAGGCCGUGGCGCGCCCAGAGGCAGAGGCGGUGGCGGUGGCUUCAAAGGAGGCAAGCAAGUUAUCAUCGAACCACAUAGACACGCUGGCGUGUUCAUUGCACGAGGCAAGGAGGAUGCGUUGGUCACGAAGAAUCUGGUGCCCGGAUCUGAGGUGUACGGAGAAAAAAGAAUAUCAGUGGAGACCGACGGAGAAAAGGUGGAAUACAGGGUAUGGAAUCCCUUCAGAUCAAAAUUGGCGGCUGCGAUCAUGGGAGGAGUGGACGCUAUACACAUGCCCCCUGGGUCCAGGGUUCUGUACCUCGGAGCGGCCAGUGGGACCACAGUCAGUCAUGUAUCAGACAUUGUUGGCCCGGAGGGUCUCGUAUAUGCAGUCGAGUUCUCCCACCGGUCUGGCAGAGAUCUAAUCAACGUAGCCAAGAAGCGCACCAAUAUUAUACCUAUUAUUGAAGAUGCUAGACAUCCACUCAAAUACAGAAUGUUGGUGGGCAUGGUGGAUACAAUAUUCGCCGACGUGGCUCAGCCAGACCAAGCGAGAAUAGUCAGCCUGAACGCGCAGCACUUCUUGAAGAAUGGCGGCCAUUUUGUUAUAUCAAUCAAGGCUUCCUGCAUAGACUCCACCGCGCAACCUGAGGCAGUAUUCGCUGCCGAGGUGAAGAAAUUACAAGCAGACAAAUUAAAACCACAAGAGCAGUUGACCUUAGAACCAUACGAGAGAGACCACGCGGUCGUUGUGGGCGUAUUCAGACCUCCUUCUAAAAAAGCAUAGACAAUUCCAUAGAAUAUCAUAGAUUAACCGCGCGCGAGUGUUGCCAGUGCUAAAUGAAAUAUUUUUUUAUGAGAACGCGCGAUAUUUUUAAGUUUUAGACAUAAGUGAGUACGAAUGGUCGUAUAAAUAAGAUGUUAUUAUAGCUUUAAGUUGUUAAGAGAAUAUACAAUGAUGAUGACUGUGAACACA